AAGACUCAGUUGCAGGCCAAACUAACCUUCGACACUACAAAAGAUUUUUUCGAAAUGCUUUUUUCAAACAUAAAUCCCCAAGCAAAGGUUUCUAAAGGGACCGAUUUCACGCACAAGAAACACAAGAGCACAAGCGUACUCUUGGAUGAAUUACAUACUACAUCAGGAAAAGACGUAACCAAAACUAAAAAACGUCGGUCAAGGAGCAAUUCCGUCAAAUCCAAAUUGCAUGUGUUUGGUGUGCUUGACACCAUUACUUAA